GCGGGGGGUACGAAAGCGGAAUCCACGGGGCGCGGGGGACCCACCUGAAAGUGAGCAGGGACCACUGCUGUGGAAGUUGUCCAUGCAGCAGCUGCUUUGUCAAGUACAAAGUCUUCUUGGAGGACUCAACCACACAUCUUUUGGAGGAAGCACGAGGUCAUCUUUCCCCACUGGCUCUGAUCCUUCCUGGGAAGUUGUCCUUUGGGGGGCCAGCAGUGGACCUCACUCAUCAGCUUUGAUCCUCAGGCCUUGGAUCAUCAGCCUGCAGGAUACAGCUGUCAGGCUUAGAAAACUCUGCAUGGCUUAGUAGCCCUGACUGCACUGACCACUGAUCCACUGAGGAGCCGAUGUCUGCAGUUCUCAUCCUGGAGGGACAGACACUGCUGUUCUCGGCUCCCUGGCAUGGCUGCAGGCAUGGCACUGCAGCACCUCACACUCCUGGCUGGCCUCCUGGUAGGAGUUGCCAACGAGUCCACAGAAAGCGAGGCCCAGCAGCUCGAGUGUUGUGUGGAUGUGGUGGAUAUCAAUGCCACCUGCCCAGGAACAAGCCUGUGUGGCCCAGGGUGCUACAGACACUGGAAUGCGGAUGGGAGCACCAGCUGUGUCCGGUGCCAGAACGAGACCUUCGCAGCCUUCAAUGGCUCCGAGUGCAGAAGCUUUGCCGGCCAGAACACACAGUUCCCCAUGAACAGCACAGGGACUCUUGGACAGCCACAUUUAGGGGGUCCUCAUGUGGCAGCCUCUCUCUUCCUGGGGACGUUUCUCAUCAGUGCAGGUCUCAUCCUCUCUGUGGCUGGGUUCUUCUACCUCAAGCGUUCCAGGAAGCUCCCCAGGGUCUUCUACAGGAGAGACAGAGCCCCUGUCCUACAGCAUGGUGAAGCUGCUGCGAUGAUUCCCCCACCACAGUCUUCAGUGAGGAAGCCACGAUACGUCAGGCGAGAGAGACCCCCAGAAAGAGCCAGGGACUCCUCUGCCUUCUCUGGAGUGGAGGCCCGCAUCAGCAACGUUUAACCUGGAGGCCUGUCAAGACUCCACCCUGCGGUAGCAGAAGCCCAAGGAAGCCCAGCACACAAAGGGCUGAUGUUUCCUGCAGCUUGGGACAGGCCAGAAUUGGCUCAU